CGACUACAUAGCGCGCCAAAGUCUAGGGUGGUUUUCAAAUCUUCGAAACGACGAUGAGCUCUGCAGCUCCGGCAAAGGGCGGUCGCGGCCACUCCAAGGCCAAAUCCGUUUCAAGAUCUCAAAAGGCCGGCCUCCAAUUCCCCGUCGGUCGAAUAGCUCGGUUCCUCAAAAAGGGCCGAUACGCACAGCGCGUUGGAUCUGGCUCUCCGGUCUACCUCUCCGCCGUCCUCGAAUACCUCGCAGCCGAGGUUUUGGAGCUUGCUGGAAAUGCGGCCAGGGACAACAAGAAGAAUCGGAUUAUCCCGAGGCACAUACAACUUGCAGUGAGGAACGAUGAGGAGUUGGGGAAACUUCUGGGAGGCGUGACUAUUGCGAGCGGAGGAGUCUUGCCAAACAUUCAUCAGAAUCUGUUGCCGAAGAAGACCGGGAAAGGGAAGGGAGAGAUUGGGUCCGCAUCUCAAGAAUUCUAGACCUGAUUAGCCUUCUAGGUUUAGAUUUUGUUGCCUUUGAAUAAUUGUGACAUGAGAUGUUGAUAUUUUUGUGAUGUAGUAGCUUCCCUCUCCAUAUGUAAAUGGAAAAUUAGUCUUUGAUUUUCUACUCGUCA